UGAACAGCCUCCGUUGCGAGCGAGUUGGAGAUGAAAGUGUGCGAUAAUGGAGAUUUCGCCAAUUCAGGUGAUUCGUACAGGGAUACGAGGGGAAAACACCAUGAGAUAUAGAGAAGAAGGCGCAUAUAUUUUCCUUGAUCCUAAAGAGCAGGAGGACUUCGUAAAUAGGGGAUUCCUGAGGUCUUCGUAUACAGAAUGAGUGGACAUAUGGCCCCCAAAUGUAUGGAGUUAGGGGCGGAGUUAGGAUGAGAAGGCGAUAACCAUACAUAAUGGUCAAGGUACACAGAUGUUCUGUGACAGAAAGUACUUAUUUAACCUCAUUCAAUUCAACAAAAAAUUGUAAAACUUCUCAAUCCAUAACUACCUCCUACUUGUUUCCAACCCUCAGUUCUCUCUCCUCAAUCACCAUGAAGCCCAUCAUUCUCUAUGGCCACCACGCUGGCCCCAACCCUAAAAAGGUCGUUAUGGUUCUUGAAGAACUCAACAUCCCAUAUGAGGUCAAACUGCUCAAGUUUCCCGAAAUGAAGCAACCCGCUUAUGAAAAGAUCAAUCCCAAUGGGCGAGUUCCCGCGAUUGAAGACCCUAACACUGGGAUAACUCUAUGGGAGUCGGCGGCAAUCAUCGAAUACCUGGUGGAGAAAUACGACGAAAACAGAACAAUCAGCUUCCCUCCUGGUACCCCAGAGUACUACUAUGCCAAACAGUGGCUCCAUUUCCAAGCAUCUGGCCAAGGGCCGUACUUUGGUCAGGCUGUGUGGUUCAAGAUCCACCAUAAGGAGCAUAUUCAGAGUGCCUUUGAUCGGUAUAUCAACGAAAUUCGCCGCGUGUCGGGUGUGUUGAAUGGAGUUCUUGAAGGGCAUCAGUACCUGGUGAAUGACACGUACAGUUAUGCGGAUACUGCAUUUAUCCCCUGGUUUGAUAUCAUUCCGUGGUUGGCAGGAGAUGCGAUUGAUUUAAAGAAGGACUUUCCCAAUGUCCAUGCAUGGCUGAACACUUUGAAAUCCCGCCCUGCUGUUAUCACUGGUCUUGGCAAAGUCAAGUCUGAAGCACCUAAAAAGCUAUAACGGACAUUUCAUGUAUAUAUCGAGUCAAAAAACGAGAUUUCAUUGCUUCUAUCGCUAAGCCGGUACAGGUCAACAUAGUUGGUUUUUGAGAAUGAUAGAAGUAAGGUUCCAGAAGCCAGAUUUAUA